CGUCCAUAUUAAAUAUCGUUUGUAUUUUACACCUUCAUCAAUGUCCAUGUGUUUGUGUUUGUCUUAGAUGAAUGGCCAAUCAGCCUUCUAGUCACCCUCUCGAGUGUGCUCUUCCCACGCCGGAACAUUCCCCACGCGCCUCUCCCGCAGCCGCUACCAUGGAUCAGCACUCCCUGCCGCCCGGUGCUGCCAAUUCGCCUGCUCAUCAUCCACCGGUCUCCAGGAGACAUCCGGCGUAUCGCGGGAUCCGGUCUCGCGGCCAGAAAUGGGUGUCCGAGAUACGAGAGCCGCGGAAAGCCACACGCGUUUGGCUCGGCACUUACCCGACCCCGGAGAUGGCUGCGGCUGCUUAUGACGUCGCAGCCCUUGCCCUGAAAGGCCCUGGUGCCCUCCUCAACUUCCCAAGCUCUGUCCUCACGUAUCCUAUUCCGCCUUCUGCCUCACCAUCGGACGUACGGGCUGCUGCGUCGAGAGCAGCGGCUUCGAGGCUCCCGAGGUGGGAUCUCAACAUGGACCCGAACGCACGCAUGGCAGCUUCGGGGCAAGAAUUCGUCGACGAGGAUGCCAUCUUGAACAUGCCGAACCUGUUAGCCAACAUGGCGGAGGGGAUGCUCGUGAGCCCGCCGCCGCCGGAGGAAUCACAGGAGUAUUCCGACGCGGAAGGCUUGUGGAAUUAUCCAUGAUAAGAAUAAAGUCACUGUCACUCUAGACGUACGUAACGUGGAUUUUCCUGGUUUGUCGCUUUUUCACAACGUGGAAUUUCGUCAGCAGCUGAUUGGUUGUUUUUCAUUUUAUGUAGCCGAUGCAAGAGUUUCUAAAGUUUGUUCCAA